AUGAUUGAAAAAGUUGUCUGCUGCAGAUAUCGAGUGUCUGCUGCACUGCUCUUGGUGUUAAAUCGCUCACAGAUGGUAUUGGCGGAGAGCUCACACCUAACUUAUCAGCGCACGCCCACUGCCUCUCAGCGUCCUCCCAUCGCCUCUCAGCGCACGCCUACCGCCUCUCAGCGUACGCCCACCGCCUCUCAGCGCACGCCCAUCGCCUCUCAGCGCACACCCACCGCCUCUCAGCGCACGCCCACCGCCUCUCAGCGCACGCCCACCGCCUCUCAGCGCACGCCCACCGCCUCUCAGCGCACGCCCACCGCCUCUCAGCGCACGCCCAUCGCCUCUCAGCGCACACCCACCGCCUCUCAGCGCACGCCCACCGCCUCUCAGCGCACGCCCACCGCCUCUCAGCGCACGCCCACCGCCUCUCAGCGCACGCCCACCGCCUCUCAGCGCACGCCCAUCGCCUCUCAGCGCACAAUAGAACUAUCAACAGAGGCAGGCAGCAGGAGUUAG